AACAACACGGAACUUCCUGUUUCCUUCCUGCAGUAGUGUUUCCUCCCUUACAAACAUUAGCUUUCUUGCUUUCAUACAUGUGUCACCACAGCUGAGUGAUACAGUUAUUGAAAACAUGCUGGCCGUGGGUUUGUAUUCAGUAAAAAUUAAAUAUUAGUUCAAGUAUUUCCGACUGCCUGUGGAAGCUACAAUCAUGAAAACACGUCCUGAAAUUUCAAAGGCAUUCAAUGAUGCAUUUACAGUCAGGUAACCACAUCUGUGAGAGGAUCUGCUACGUCCCUUGUCACCAUGUACCCAGCUCCUCUGCUGCUCCUCCUACUCCUUCCCUUCUCUCCCUCAUCAGGAGCACAGCUUCCAAGUCAAAACCAAGCCCAGGAUGCCCCCGUGGCCACCAAUGGUCAGCCUUUCCCCUGGGACCGCAUGAGGCUCCCCAAAACCGUCUCCCCCAUCCACUAUGACCUCACCCUCCACCCUAACCUCACCACCCUCGACUUCACUGGCGUUGUUCGCAUCCAGCUGGACGUACAUGAAGACACCAGCACCAUCAUACUCCAUUCAAAGCAGAUGCAGAUAUCCAACGUGCUGCUGCUUGCACCUGAAGGUGUAAGGCCUCUCCAGGUGUUGGAGUAUCCUCGUUUCCAUGAGCUCGCACUGCAGUCAGACUCGGUGCUGACCAAAGGGAGGAAGUAUGAAGUUCAGCUGGAGUUCGCUGCCAACCUAUCUGACAGCUUCCAUGGUUUCUACAAAAGCAGCUACCGCACAAGCAGUGGGGAGGUCCGGGUAAUGGCUUCAACGCAGUUUGAAGCCACCUUUGCUCGUGGAGCCUUCCCGUGUUUCGAUGAGCCUGCCUUCAAAGCCAACUUCACCAUACAGAUCAUACGGGAGCCCCGCCACAUCGCCAUAUCCAACAUGCCAGUGGUGAAGACAGUGGAGUUGCCGGGCGGUUUGCUUGAGGAUCACUUUGACACCACUGUCAAAAUGAGUACUUACCUGGUGGCCUACAUUGUGUCUGACUUUCUGUCCGUCAGCAAGACCACCCAGCACGGUGUCAAGAUUUCAAUCUACGCCGUACCUGAGAAGAUCGACCAGACAGCCUUUGCUCUGAGUGCUGCCGUCAAGUUGUUGGACUUCUAUGAUGACUAUUUUGAUAUUCCUUACCCUCUUCCCAAACAGGACCUUGCCGCUAUCCCUGACUUCCAGUCUGGAGCGAUGGAGAACUGGGGUCUGACCACUUACAGAGAGACCGGUCUUCUCUUUGACCCUGACAGGUCCUCUGCUUCAGACAAACUGUCUAUCGCAAAAGUCAUCGCCCAUGAGCUUGCACAUCAGUGGUUUGGUAACUUGGUGACGAUGGAGUGGUGGAAUGACCUUUGGCUCAACGAGGGUUUUGCCAAGUUCAUGGAGUUUAUUUCUCUCGACCUCACCUACCCAGAGCUACAAGUGGAUGACUUCUUCUUGGGGAAAUGCUUUGAAGCUAUGGAGGUAGAUUCCCUGAGCUCCUCCCAUCCAGUCUCCACCCAUGUGGAGAACCCCACACAGAUCCAGGAGAUGUUUGAUGAUGUGUCAUAUGACAAGGGAGCAUGCAUUCUGAAUAUGCUGCGAGACUUCCUGACUCCUGCAGCCUUUGAGAUCGGCAUCAUCCGAUACCUGAAGCGCUACAGCUACCAAAAUACCGUCAACAGCCACCUGUGGGAGAGCCUGACUGAUAUUUGCAACACACAUGAUCUGGAUGAAGGAGGAACAAAACACAGAGAAUUCUGCUCCGAGCGCAAAAUCCAGUCUGCGGCCUCUAAGUGGUUCUCUGGUGAUGAGCUGGAUGUCCGGGCCAUCAUGGACACCUGGACGCUGCAGGAAGGUUUCCCGCUGGUCACUGUGGAGGUCAGAGGUCGGGAGGUCAGGCUCAGUCAGGAGCGGUACCUGAAGACGGACGACCCCUCCCUCACCGAAGGAUUCCUGUGGCAGAUCCCUUUGACCUACAUGACGAGUGCUUCGAGCACCAUCCACCGCUUCCUUCUGAAAACAAAGACAGACGUGCUGUACCUGCUGGAGGAGGUGGACUGGGUGAAGUUCAAUGUGGACAUGAGCGGAUACUACAUGGUCCACUACACAGGCGAGGGCUGGAACUCCAUCAUCAGAGUGCUGCAACAUAACCACACAGCCCUGAGCAGCAACGACCGCGCCAGCCUCAUCCACAACGUCUUCCAGCUGGUCAGUAUCGGUAAAGUGAGGCUGGACACUGCUCUGGAGCUGUCUCUGUACCUGUCCAAAGAGAGCAAGAUUAUGGCCGUGACUCAGGGCUUUGGAGAACUUGUACCUCUCUACAAACUGAUGGAGAAGAGAGACAUGGCUGAUGUGGAGAACCAGAUGAAGGGUUACAUCGUGGAUCUGUUCCGGGGCCUGAUUGAUCGUCAGGAGUGGACUGACUCUGGAUCAGUGUCUGAGAGAAUGCAGAGGAGCUACCUGCUGCUGUUUGCCUGCGUCAGGAACCACGCUCCCUGUGUGAAAAAAGCCACCCAGCUCUUUAACCAGUGGAAGGACUCUGACGGCACCAUGAGCCUCCCUGUGGACAUCACCAUGGCUGUGUUUAUGACGGGAGCUCGGACAGCAGACGGGUGGGACUUUAUGUUUGAGAAGUACCGCACGUCACUGCAGAUGUCGGUGAAGAGCCGCAUGAAGACGGCCAUGGCGUUCAGCCCCCUGAAGAACAAGCUGCAGUGGAUGAUGGAGCAGAGCCUACAAGGUGAAGUGAUGAAGACUCAGGAUCUCCCGGACGUGAUUGUGUCUAUUAGCAAGAACCCUCAUGGAUACAAACUGGCCUGGGACUUCAUGAGAGCCAACUGGCACACCAUGAUCAAGAAAUUUGACCUGGGCUCCAGCACUGUAUCAUACUUAGUGACUGGGGUGACCAACCAGUACUCUACCAGGGAGAUGUUAGAAGAGGUGAGAAGCUUCUUUGGCUCCUUGACCGAGGAGACGGGCUCAGAGAUGAGGUGUAUCCGGCAGGCCUAUGAGACCAUUGAGGAUAACAUUCGCUGGAUGGACACAAACCUCCCUCUGCUGCAGGCCUGGCUGGACAAACGCAGGCACCAAGCUGCUCAUGAGGAUUUGUAGCUACGUGGGAAAAAGAAUCGUCUAAAUCUGACAAAUGUGUUGGUAAAGGCACUAACCACAAGAGAUGUGGAAGCGAGUCUCAGGACUUGAAGUUUGAAGUCAGACUUGAAUUUGCAAAUCUAUGACUUUUUACCUGAGUAGAAAAAUCCAUGUACGUUAAAAAUUUGAACACCAGCAUCCCCCUGUGUUUGUCCUGAAAGAUUAACAAACACACAAACAAAAAUUUAAUCAGUCAAACCUAACUGAUCCGACUUAGGACUUUACCUGUGAGGUGCAAAACAAUGUGCCAGCACCACAUCUGUGAAUUUCAAAUCUGUCAUGCAGAGAUUCUCAUGUGUGAUGGGAUGGAAGUAGCUGCACAUUUCCUAAAAGAACAUCCUCAUGGUCAAGGAUUGUUCCCCUAAAAGUUUUUGUGGUGUGUAGUUCUAAAGAAAGAUCUCUGUGAUAAUCAUGGCACCUAAGGAUGUGCUCAGAGAUGUCUAUGUGUUUGUAUUGUUUGUUUGGAUGUGUGAUUGCUUUUUUUUUUUUUUUUUUUUUUUUUUACCUGAAGAUGUAAAAAUAUGAGUGCAGUGUCUUCUGUCUGUUUUGGUAAAUGGUAUUUUCAGUCGUGCUGCAUUAUCACUGCAGGAAGCAACAACACGAAUUAUGUGCAGAUUUGUGCAAAUACAAAAUGUUUGCAUGUACAAAAAAUGUACAGCACAUCUUAUUAAGUUUUCUUAAGUAUUUCUGCACCAGACCACUCCUUCUUACCAACUGAAAAAAACAAAAAAAGGUAUGAAAAAUGUCUCCAGAGUAAGCAAAUCGAAAGAUCUCUUCUGCCCUUGGAGAAAAUAGUGCAAACCUGGUACUUCCUAAAACAGCUACAUCACACUGAAUCCUGUUGAGCACGGUUUUCUGUUAUAACGACAGAUAUCAUUUCUGAGAACACUGGUCCUUCUUGGUAGCAUUUUUUGUAAUUCUAUCAGAAUUCUCUCUUAGAUGACGAAAUCAAGUGCACUAUAUGAAAUGUGUUGUUCCUUUAAAUUCUUCCAUUGGUCUUGUUUUUGUGCUUCUGUAAAAUCUCUCUUCUGUAUUUUAGAAGAGAUUUUACAGCCCAGCAUGUUUUGUAAGAAGAAUAUAUAUUGAUUGAAUAAAAACUUGUACCAAUUAAGUCA